AUGACGGUUGAAAUUAAUAAAAAUAAAAUUGAGACUUUUGAAGAAAGGCUGGAGGAUCAAAAGACAUUGAAAAGUGAAUUGCCAGAACUCUCACAAAGAGUAGAGCAGAAACUUGCAGAGACUGUUCAACAGAAAACUAGGGAUUUGUCUCGCGCCUUCGCCAAAGAGAAGUCAUACAUACAAGCUUGGACUCAUUCUGAAAGUCUGAAAUGCAAAGCAGAUAUACGGAAUGAAACCGGAACUUUGGAAAAGAGGCUUAGCGAAAAUCUACAAAAUAAAAUUGCUGAUAUUAAACGUAUCUUGCAUGGUGCUGAAUCACACACGAACACGGACAUAGCUGAGUUACACGAUAUACUUAACACAGCGAGAAAAGAAAUAGAUGGACUGGCAAUGCAACUGGAUAACAUUAUGCUGAAAUUGAAUAAACUUACAAUAGGUUCGUGUCACCUAAAAUGGAUGCAUGUCCUCACGACUGACACCAAUGGUGUGGUCACAUUUGGUUCCAAGUCUGAGCUAAUCUCCGCGGCCAUGACCGGAAGUGAUGUCAGAAUACAGCUAAGGGAUUACUACUUCACGAGCGUUCAAAACCUCCAAACUGUCGGGGAUAAUAUCUGCGGACAGGCCUUAUUUCACAUCAGCAAAGCGUCAUGGAAAACGUUCCAGGAAAAUGCGUACUGGUGGUCCCUAAACGUCUGUACGACAGGACGUGUUCAAAUGAUGCGUUAUUACGUCGGCAACCACGUGUCACCCAGCACCAACUUUGAAACCUGGCAGAUCCAAUGGUUCGUGAGGGAAAACGGGCCAUCAGAAUAUAAACACACGAGCGGCGGAACGGCUUUGAAUGGAUAUUUGAGUGACCUCAUCACUAACGUCAGGCGAGGCGCUGACGUUCGCGGAGUGAUGGAGAGUUUAGGUUACACUGCGAAAAUGGAUAACGUGCAGAUCUCCGAUACCGGUAACCUGGUUGUUGGUCAGGCCGUUUGGCAUGUCAGUCAGAGUUUAGCCCCGCCCAAUAUCGAGUUCCAGGGCAACGACUAUUGGUGGUUCAGUAAUUUCGCCACAGACGGAGGCCAUUACAUGUCUAGAUGGAGAAUAGGGGAACACACCUCUGUUGGUGCCACCAAUGAAAACAGGCAAAUAACGUGGUACACGGACACGUGUUGGCAACUGGCUUAUCAGCAUGAUUCGGCUGGAAACGAGUUUCUGGGCUCCCUAGAUAAGCUGCGAUCUGCUGCAGAGCGUGGCCACCGUGUGAAGCUCAUGAUUGGAGACACGUCCGUGGAACCCGAACAAGUGAUCGUCCGCGGCGGCCACGUCAACGCCAUGAUCAUAAGCAAGGUUUUGAAGGCCAACAGUAACAUCAAGGAGUUUGAUUCUACAGGAGUCUGGGAUUGGAGCAUGGUGACUACGACAGGAACACAGACAACACUGAAGCUGCGCGUCGGAGAAGCAACGGAGACAGCGGACAGCCGAGUCAUCACUGCGACGGCAGUGACGUGGUUCAUAGACACGAGGCCUUGGCGAAAGGUCUUGGCUCACGACAAAUUCGGCACAGUUACUUCCGGUUCUAAAGUGGCGCUAACGGACGCGGUGAAGCUAGGCGCGAGAGUUAGAUACAUUAUGAGAUUUGAUGGAUCCGAUUCAACUACUCUUCAGGAAGCAGAUUACAUUGCCAUUUAUGGUGCGGACGUUGGCGCAAAUCAUGUGCGCUCUGUGAGCAUAGAGAAAACCCCCGGCUCCACGGUGGAGCUUCGUUUCCAAAAGAAUCCGUACUGGUGGUUCACCAUCGCCGCCACCACGGGUUACGUUGACAUGUCCCGAUGGACGGUCGGGGAACACACAAACAGAGGGCACAACAGUCAGACCGCUGCCAUAGAGUGGUUCGUCAACUAA